CUGCCAACGUGGUGGCUUGUUUUACUUUAGCAUUAUGCUUGCUUUUAUUUUGUGUUUAUAUGCUUUAGUUAAUGUUGCUUGUGGAUAUUCAAUACAGAAAACGCAGGAAGAAGAAAACCGACAUGUUUAUCUAAUGAGGCUUUCUAGGAAUUUUACCGAAGAAUUAGAGAAAAGAAGAAAUUUUUCUGGAUACUCAGAGGCAGAGAAUAGUAAUGUUGAUAUAAGUCAUAUUCUGACAGAUCUAAAAGAUGAUCCUGGAUACAGUCACCUGCUAGAUAUAAAACCAGUUGACCGGCGGGCACAAGGUCCUGGCUGGGUCAGCCUGGCCAAUACGGAAAUCCAGUCAGGAGAUGGAUUCCAUUCUGAGCAAAGACGACUUUCUCCGGACAGAUUUCUAGUAGAUGCCGCAACUAAACGAACAAAGCCUUCAGAUGUGGUUGGAUUCAGCGUAGUUCGGGCAACAGAAGAUUCACGGGCUCCAGGAGAUAAGCGAAUUUUGUUUGAAAAUACGUUGGUAGACUCCAACUAUGGUUGGGAUUCUAGAGAGUCUCUGCUUGAAGUCCACUUUCCAGGAUUAUAUUUUCUAUCAUUUUCAUUAACUGCUGAUGCAGCAGCUUCUGAUAGCUUUAAAGUUUCCUUGCUCAAGAAUGGUGUUGAGAUGGUUUCUGUGCAAGGCAGAGCUGAUUCGGAAUCAAGGAACAGUGGAAUCAGUGGCAGUUCAAGCAUUAUUCUUGAUCUGGUUCAGGGGGACCGUGUAUGGUUACAGCUUAUUAGAGGAGGACUGAUGGAAGCAGGAAAUAGGAAAUCAGGAUAUACAGCUUUCUCAGGAUACCGUCUAGGAUGUGAUAUGUUGGAUGAGGAUGAUAUUACAGCAGAUAUCAUGAACUCUAUACAAUCUGUUCACCAGAGUUUACCAAGUUUACCAGGUGAAAACCAGGAACAUGAAGAAUAUCGACCUGUAUUAACUACAACAGAACCUUCACAAGUGAUUCUUGAUCUUGGAAAGGAUAAGAACGUUGAUAGGGAUAGAUUUUCUUACGAUAAGAACUGGGAUCGAACUAAAGGAGGAUUCUGGAAUGAGGACAAGAUGAGAGACAAAUAUUGGAACCAGGGUAAGGACAAAUAUUGGAAUGAGGAGAAACAAAAUGACAAGUUUUGGAGCGGAUACGGGAACAAGUAUGGGUCAUGGAACGAUGAUAGGAACAAGGAUGGUUCAUGGAACGGUGAUAGGAACAAGGAUGGUUCAUGGGAUGCGGACCGAAACAAGGUUUGGGACAGCGACAGGGAGUCAUGGAGUUCAAACAGGGAUACUUUGAAACAUAAAAAAAACUAA